UUCUCCGUGCUUUCAGACAGACUGUUUUGCUGCAGUGAACGGUAGCCGUGGAGAGAGGAAAAGGCAAGAAAAACAAGAUAGCGGAGGGCGAAACGAGAACCAAGACAGACAGAUCCAUUGGGACCUUAGCGUGAGCGCCAGCAGGCAUAGACGGGUCCAACACUCCAGAACCGACGGAUUCGACGGGCAUCACGAGGAGCGCUUAUAACGUCAGCGCUUCGUAGAGCUUCUCCACUUCUCCGGGUCUCGAGAGGACUACUGGGUUUAACGCACUGGACGGAUGAGCGGGAUGCGCGCGCGUCAGAGUAUGACAUUCCCCGCGUUGCAGCGGGCCGCUCUCAGGGCGCUCGCGGCCUUGACGAUGAUUCUCGCAACCUCCGUUAGGAGCAACUUCGUUUUCGAUGAUGACCCCUUCCAGCCAGUGACCCAAGAUGAGACGGUGGCUGUGGGUGGGGUGGUGACCCUCACCUGCAAUGUGAAGGAAAAUGAUAACUCCUCUCUCCAGUGGUCCAACACGGCUCAGCAGACCCUGUACUUUGGAGAAAAGAGAGCACUGAGAGAUAACCGUAUCCAGUUGGUAAAGUCCACGGGCACAGAGCUGAUAAUCACCAUCUCGGACGUUCAGCUGUCAGAUGAUGGAGAGUACACCUGUUCAAUUUUCACCAUGCCUGUACGGACUGCACGAGCCACAGUUACUGUACUCGCACCAGCUGCUCCUGGUGUUCCAGGUAAGCCUGUGAUAACAGGUUUUGAAGAUGCUGUUCAGGAGGGCGGCAAGGUUACUCUCACGUGCACGAGUUCAGGCAGCAAACCUCCUGCUAAACUACACUGGUACCGCGAUCAAGAGGAGAUACAAGGGCGUCCUGAUGUAGUGGAGUCUAACCCUGACGAACCGACCUACACAGUAACCAGCGAGCUCACCCUCACUGUCACUAGGAACGAUAACAACGCUCUGAUCGCCUGUGCGGUGGAUCACCCGUCCAUCGCCAAUGGAGACAAGAGGACAGAGCGGCCCCUCAGCGUCUUGUUUUCUCCAAGCGUGUCGAUUCAGCCUGAGAGUGACCUGCCCAGAGAAGGAGAGAAGUUUUUCCUGCAGUGUGUGGGGAACGGAAAUCCAGAACCGACUGCGUUUGUGUGGCGGAGGAAAGACGGAGAGCUCCCCCCGAUGACAAAGGUGGAUGAUGCGUUCCUGCACUUCGAAUCCCUCAACAAGUCGGAUAAUGGCGUUUAUGAGUGCCAGGCUGAUAACGGGAUCGGAAUGGGGGACGUAACACACACUCUUCUGGUACAAGACCAGGAAGAUUCAGACCUCUUUAUUCUCACCCCCACUCUCCCUUCAUUCUCUGCUUUUUCCACAUUUUCUCCUGAAACUUCAGUUUCACCAUCUUCUGAAGACGAAACUCUUCUUCCACUCUCAUCUUCAUCGUCUUCCACUACCUUCCCCACAUCCACUCUUACCUUUUCCUCGACUCUCCCUCCUUUCACUUCUGCUCCUUCCACUCUCCCUCCUUCUCCUGAAGUUCUCACCACCUCUCUUUCCAACGCUCUCUUCCCUGAUCUCACUCUUCUGCCCUCCUCUGUUCCUGCCCGCACCCCUCCCUCACCCCCCUCCUCCUCCCCUGCCACUCCAUCAUCUGUUCCUCGGCUGAAUGGAGUGCACACCUUUACAGAAGCCGGAGUAAGCGCUGCAGACCCCACAGUGAUGUCCACCCCUUUAGGAGUAGACCAUGCUGUGAUUGGUGGAGUGGUUGCUGUUAUUGUCUUCAUCAUGCUUUGUCUCCUCAUCGUCCUCGGCAGAUACCUCAUCAGACACAAAGGUACGUACCUGACUCAUGAGGCGAAAGGUUCCGAUGAUGCUCCUGAUGCAGACACAGCCAUCAUUAACGCUGAGGGUGGCCACUCUGGGAUGGAUGACAAGAAAGAGUACUUCAUCUAGAGAUCCAUCCCUCUGCACCCUCUUCCUUCACAUGCUUCAGUUCACUCAGCCUGACAGGGAAAAACAGGGAUGGCAGAAGAGAGAGGAUAUAUGUGAGGAAAAAAA